UUUGUGUACUUGUUUUUGCUAGAGGGGGUCCACACAGUCAGUCACGUGAACAGUAAAGGGGACAGAAGUAGUGGACAUGCUCACAAGACUUUGGUUGGACUUAUGAGAUAUCUCCCAGUUUAGCAGCAGCGACAGUGAAGACGAGGCUGAGAAAAAAGGUGGGGAAAGAUAAGUGUCAAUCUGUUCAGACUUGUUUGGGAAUUUGAAGAAGGAAGGGAGGUGGGGAGAGAAAGGCAGAAGCAGACAGAGAGAAAAGCCAGAAGAACUUAGGCAUGAACAUGAAUUUUUUUCCCCCACAAGACUUGAAGGAUUAAAAGAAAAAAAAAAGUGCAUUUGAGAUUGAUUUGGAAACCAGUUAGGACAUUUGCUUUGUCCCACAGACACUACCAAAACAAGGAAUGAAUUUUUCAGUAUUGUGCAAUGUCAUGCUUUUAAGCUAGACUUGGGAAGGGGCUGGAACCAUUUUUCCCUGGAAUACAACUUCAGGUUCUCCAAAUUAUGGUAGUAUGGGAACCAAAAAGCCCUGCUAUACCCUCACUGACACUUUAUCUAAGGCAAUCUCAGGUGGUCCCAGGCUGCAGCAAGGUGGAAAAAUCUCCCAAAAUCCAACUUCCAGAUCAAAAAUGACUGCUUCAUUAGAGCAAGACAGAGACAACAAACAAGAGGAAAACUGGAGAGACUGUGGUUUUGCUCCCCGGUUUAGAGAGGGAGACAGAGAAUGGAAGAAGACAGAAAGGAGGCAAGAAGAUGACAGAGGGAAAAACUGGAGACUGCAUUCAAAUAAUGAGAAGGAGAUAAAAGGAUGGAAAAGUAAAGGUGACACAUUUCCAAGAAUACGAAAGGACAAAGCUGAUUAUGCCGCUGAGAUGGCUGCAGAAAGAAGGGAAAGGAGGCAAAGAGAUCGGCCCAGAGGAGAAAAGAAGGAUGUCUGGGAGAGAGAAAGGUACAGAGACAAUGAAAGGGAUGUGGUCUGGAGCAGGUCAAAGGACCCUAGAGAAAGAACUGCAGAUGAUGAGAGAUCCCGACAGAGGGACAGAUACAAGGUGUCGAGUGUUGACUUUCAAGACAAGACAAGAGACAUGAAAGAUCCAGGUAGAAUGAGAGAAGGAGAUAGAACUAGAAAGAUGGAAAUGCAGAGACCUGACAGGGAGGAGAGGAAAGACAGAAUGUAUUCCCCAUACAGGACAGCUGACAGAGACAUCUACAUGAUGAAGACGGAACAAAGAAGUGAGGGAAGAAGGGAUGUUAGGAGUGAAGAAGACAGUGCUGAGAGAGGGCAGAAAAGGGAGAGAAAAAGGAAUAGAGAGGAGGAGGAAUUUAUACAUCAACUAAGCAGAAGUGUGGAGGACAACAAGGGCAAAACAGACUGGGAGAGGGAUCGAGAUAGACAGAGAUACAGAGAGAGGGACAGAGAAAUAGAUAGAUCCAGAAGGAGGGAAAUGGAGGACAGCAGAGAAAUGUACAGAGAAAAUGACAGGAGAGCAGCAAAACAGGCAGACUGGGAGGGGGAAAGAUGGAGGGAAAGUAAAAGACAGGAGGAUGGUCGAUACAGAGAGGAGAGACUAGACUGGGAGAGAAAGAAAAGACGGGAAUAUAGAACAGGCAGAGGCAGCGGAUCCCAGAGUGAUUCAGCUUCAAGGGAACCACCACGAGCCCAGAGCAGUGGAGAGUGGAGUAGUGAUCUGGACAGUAAGGCAGGAUACGGAAGAGACAGAGACAGAAGGAGAGAGGGGACUUAUGAACAUAAAAGAGGAAAAGAAAGAAAAAGAGACCCUGAGAGAAGUGAAAAGCAGCAGAUGCGUAUUGAGAAACGUGAGAACAACAGAGAAGAAAUUACAGGAAAUCGGGAAAGAGGGAAGUGGUUAGAGCCACAGAGGGGCAAGAAUAGUCAAGACAAAUACUUAGACGGAGAGAGACAUACAAGGCAGAAAGAGUGGAGGAAUGAAGAAGAGAGAAAUAUUGACUCACAGGCGGAAUGGGGAAGAAAUGGGCGGCGAAUAGAAGAGGAAUCACAUGAGAGGCACUUGGAGCAUGGAGGGCGAAUUGAGUACAGGAAAGACCCAGAAGGAGUAAGUGUAGACGCAGAAGAAGAGAGUGAAAUCUGGAGAGAGACAAAUAAAAAAGGGAAGGAACAUCUGUCUGACAGUGACGGAGGAAUAGGGGGAAGCAGACAGAGGGAUGCAGUGGGAGAUAAUACUGAGGAGAGUGACAAAGAGGAAGAGGGUGGGAGCGAUAUCUGGGCACGCUCUGAGGGUGAAGAAGGAUGUGAGGCCGGGUGGAAGCACGACAAAGAGAGAAUGCUGUCAGGAGACGAUUGCUCUGUGACCCUGUCCAGUGGCAGAGACGAGGACGAGAGAGAAAACGAAGAAGUGGAAUUUUAUGAUUGUCAUGAAGUUAUGGAAGUUGGGGUUACGUAUAACAAUCCCACAUCUGACUUCAAGGGGUAUGAAGGAGAAAAGGGGAAGGAAGAAGAAUGGACAGUGGGGAAGGAGAUAUCUGUUGAUGAGGAGGAGCAAGGGAAGGGAAAGAAGCCAAAGUACGUCUUCUGUGUGAUUGGGCAAACUCUUUCCCGCUCAGAAACCAGUGAGAUGUUACCAUCACAAGAUGAUCACAGGGGUGGAGCGGAAAGAGAGAGCUCAAAUUUAGCAACUCACAAUGACAGUAGUGAUGACACACAAAAAUCUCAUGGUGACCUUUGUCUGAUUUCAAACAGAACUGAUGACCAACCAGUUAUUAACAACCAGGACACAAAAGAAGACAAUCACACACCAAGAGAGGAGAGACCUGUAUCGGGAGACACAGCUGAGGGAAAUGUGGGAUACAGAGCAUCUUCAAGGCUUCAAGACACAGAACUUGUAGAAGGAAUGAAGAGCAAAGUAAAGCCCCCAUAUACAGAAUUCGGAGCGAUUAAAAGAGACUCAAAGACUGAAAGACUGCUUGAGAAAUGGAGAAAUCAAAAUAAGGAGCUAGCAGGAAAAGAAUGGGAUCCAACUUCUAAUGCUUGCUCUCCGGACAAAUUGGAGCCAAUUUAUCCCUUUUUGGAUCAGAUAGACACUGAAGCGAUUAGUCCAGAGGAGCUAGAGGCCAUUCGUCUCCGAAUGAGUGGGGCAUGGAGCAUGUCUGAGGAACCAAAGCGACAUUCCCAAGCACCCCACCUCAAAUGGGCCAAAAAUGUGGUGUGUGAAAUCUUGGGACACUCAGAGGAAGAGGUGGUGGAUGAACCAAAUGCAGAGGGACAAGAAAAUCAAGGGAUCACCCAAUCUGAGAGCAACAAAAAACCAGAGGACGCUACAGAAGGGACUGUGGAUUUGCCUGUAAUUACACUGAGAAAAGAUGAAGAGUCAGAGCCAGAGCUGGAUGAUGAAUACCAGUUGGAGGAAUUUAGAGGUAUGGGGCAGAGCCAACCCAGCAUGCAUGCUGUCCAAGUCAAAGCUAUGCAUGUUACAACACCUACAUACACUCAUUCUGACACACUGAUAAACACAGGAGAGAGUGCAGAUUAUACAGUGGACCAAAAUGCUGAGCCUUCUGGUCAGACUCGGUUAGAAAAAUCAGAAAUUCUUAAGUCAGCAGAGAUGGAAAAUGAAGCUGAGGCCUUUUUAAAUGUGACUAACACAUUGUACAAGCCUAACAGCUGCCCCAUUCUUACUUAUGACUCUGAGUCUGAACUCCUCAGCCCAUCUAGAGAGGGUAAGAGCAAAGAAGGGAAAGAUGCAAUGUGUCAAAGUGAAGAUGAAAGGCAGGGAGAGGAACCUGAAGACAGUGGUACUUCAGUGGAAAUAGAAAAGAUGGGGGUGGGAGUGAAGGUGGAUAUCAAGGAGGGAGAGACGGCAACAGUAAAGAAAAUGGCAACACUGACAAACUCCUGCAGUUUUCGGGAUUUGGGUCUCGAAGCUCGCUUUCGAAGAAGGGGAAUCCGUAAAACCACUGAGAGAAGAAAUGGAGAGCUUGUAGAAGUACAAGAAGAGGAAGGUGUUGGAAGGGAUCGCAGACCCAUAAUAUACUCUGCAACAGAUGAUGAGGAUUUUGCAGGAAGAAGCUGGGGAGAUGCAGAGCUGAGGAAUGGUUUAUCAAUUGAAAAUCGGAAAAGAAAUUCUAAUUUUUUUCCUGAUACACAACUCUACCAACAGUACAGCGAGGCAGCACAGAACUUUGAGAUCCUGCGUCAGUCUCGCUCUGAUGCCCUCUCUGUAUCGGAGGAGAGUACCCACUCUCCUGCUCCCUCACCUCCCCCUGCCCGAAGACCUCUUCCUCCUCUACCUGCCGUCCCGCAUCCCCACUCCUUGUCCCACACAGGGUCCAUCACCAGUUUCAGUAGCUUGCAAAUCCCAGAGCCCCCCAAGAACGAAGGCAGACCUUCCUCACCACGUCUGUCCAUCUCACUUUCACAGUCUCCCUCACUGUGGAGGGAGCUGCCAGCUGUUAGGAACAGUAUUGAGCUGGAGGAGCUCGGAGAGGCCAAGAGGCGACUACAAGAGGUGAGAUUUGAAGUAGUGACCUCAGAGGCCUCUUACUGCAGGAGUUUGGACAUAGUUGUUGAACACUUUGUCAAGUCCAAGCAGCUAGGGGCUCUACUGGGCACUCAGGAUAAGAACUGGCUGUUCUCUCGGUUGACUGAUGUUCGUGCCAUCAGCCACAGCUUUUUGUCAAAGCUGGAGGAGCGUGUGGAGUCAGACGUGAUGCACUUCACUGUGUGUGACAUCAUCGCUCGGCACUGUCACCGCUUCAGAACGGUCUAUGUGCCCUACCUCACCAACCAGUCAUAUCAGGACGACACCUACCAGAGACUCAUGAAUGAUAAUCCAAGGUUCAAGCGGACUGUGGAAAACUUAGAGAAGAGUCCUGUUUGUCAGAGACUCCCUCUCCGUUCUUUCCUCGUGCUUCCCUUCCAAAGGAUCACAAGGAUCAAACUACUGGUCCAGAAUAUAGUGAAAAGGACGACUCCUGAUACACCAGAGUGGAAGCAGGCAAUCAAAGCUUUAAAACUUCUAGAAAAUCUGAUUCAGGAGAGUAAUGACAGCAUCUCUCAGAUGAAAAGCAUAGAGUCUCUUGUCACUCUAAGUGCUAAAGUGGAAUUCGAAUGCAGGACGCUUCCUCUGAUCAGUCAGUUUCGAAGGUUGGUGCGAGAAGGUCCCGUCACUGAACUGAUGGAGUUCUCUCAAAAAGAAACAGAGAGAAAAGUUUACUUACAUCUCUUCAAUGACAACUUGCUGCUUUCACUACCAAAAGAAGGGGGAAGAUUCACUGUAAUCGACCAUUGUCCUGUAUCGGAUCUGCGUGCGGAGAACUGCCGUGUCAAACUUCUCUCCCUACAGAAGAACCUGUUCCGGUUGCACAUGUCACAGAGAUUACUGCUGCUAAGAGCUGAGACACAGAGUGAUAAGCUACGCUGGAUUUCAGCCCUUUCCAGACCACAUCCUAAAACAGAUUUUUCUGCUGCAGAAGAGUUUGAACAGAUGCAGUGUAUUCGAGGAUUUGUGGGCCAGCAGCCAGACGAGCUGUCCUUAGACAAAGCUGAUAUUAUUCUAGUGCAUCCAGAUUCAGCUAAGUGCGAUGAUUGGGUGGAGGGGACCAAGCUCUCUGACCGACAACGUGGAUGGGUGCCCAGGCCCCAUUUGGAAAUAAUAAGCAAUGCCAAAGUCAAAAAGCACAACCUGUCAGAUGCCCUCAAGCUCACAACGGCUACAGCUGCUGUCUGAAAGAGUCAGAAGCCAAGGAAAGUCCCAGAUAUACCGCAAAGAAAACUCUCAGCUGUGGGCUCCUGUUG